CUCAUAGCUUCGGUAUCACGAUCAAAUAUGUUGCGUCGCAAACCCACCGCUAUAGCUAUAACCUCCGAAGACCUUGCGACUUUUGAACAAUCACGGCUCCGACAGCUCUCCAAAGAAACUCGUACCGAAGGCCAUGCCAGCACCAGCUCCAAUGUCAAUCUUGACCCCAGCGAUGAGCUCAAGCCAUUGCCAGGGGACAAGGCGAGAAUAGUCCGCUCGCGUGAAGAGCGCAUCGGCAUCAAUCGACGCAAUUAACUCUCGAAGGGUUUGCCCAACACGUUGGCUUCUCCUGGCUACCAACUCAUGCCUAGUAUUUGGGCAUCAUCAGCACUUCCUAAGACCAAGAGAGCCCCGAUUGGCAAUGAAUAAUUCGAAUGUCCUACACACAUCAAGGUUUAGCCUUGCGCAGGUCAAAUCCUCCUGCUACAAGUGCAUAUUUUACAGCAAUAUUAUUACCCCCACAACUUGCGCAUAACAUUUCUUAAAUCUAUUCUCGACGGCGUGCUUGGUUUGUAAUCUAUACUGCGAAUCUUACACUUUUCACUAUACCACGUCUCUAUUCCUGCCUGUCUCAUAAUUUCCUUAUGAUUAUAGUAUCAACUGGGAUCGUCAUAGAAUAGAGGCCACUGCAAGCCGAUGGAGAUUUA